GCUUCCAGAAAGCUCAAAGCCAGAUUGGUCAACAGGGCAUUGAGAAUGGACAGUACAGCUAUGGUCUGUUGUGUUUACAAGUCAUAGAAUUCUGUUGGGCUAAUGAGCAGGACUGAUUUAGCACUGUUUCACAAUACCUUCCCGAUCAUGAUGACUUUAUUCAGAUUACAUUCCCAUAAGAGCCACACUGACCAUUUACAAGAUCUGCUGUUUAGUUUACAAACUUUAGAGGGCAAAGUCUGACCUGAACUAGCAGAUAUUUACCUGCAUUUUUCCAGUUAGAAUCAAUAGGAGUUUUACAUGUUAUCGCCCAAUUUACUGCAGUAAAUUCCCAACAGAAGCAAUGUUUGUAUUCAACAAGCAAAAAAUUGCCCAAUUUGAAUUUAGUCAGGUUUCUGUAAAUUAUUUCAAAAUUUGCUCUUUGAGAUAAGGCUUCCUAUAAAUAUAGUACCAUUUUUCUUGUGAGACCAUCAGAAAGGAUUCCAUUUCUCAAGGGCUUUGCAAUACAGGAGCGCCUAAAUAAGUGAACAAUGAAGUUCUACAAUUGCAUAUUGUUGUUGUCCCUGGUACUGUGUGUCAGUGCCCAGAACUGGUUCACUGAUGCUGGAGCAUUCAUAAGGGAUGCUUAUCUAGGCGCUGGAGAUAUGUGGCGUGCAUACAGCGACAUGCGGGAGGCAAAUUAUAAAAAUGCAGAUAAAUAUUUCCAUGCUCGUGGGAAUUAUGAUGCUGCCCAAAGAGGGCCUGGCGGUAAAUGGGCAGCAGAAGUUAUUAGUGAUGCUAGGGAAGAUUGGCAGGGUGGCAUUAGUGGCAGAGGAGCAGAAGACACACGUCAAGACCAGGAGGCAAAUAAAUGGGGCAGAAAUGGAGGAGACCCAAACCGCUACAGACCAGAGGGCCUUCCCUCAAAAUACUAAUGCAGCCUGUAAUACUUUACAGUGGUUCCAUUUUUCUACCCAGUUGUGCAAAACCACAAUAAAUAAAAUCUUAAAUUU